GGCUGAGAAAUUCUAACUAAACCUUACUUAUCAUAAAACGGCCGAACAGAAUAUUAUCACCUUCUUCUCGUCCUCUGUUCUUCUCCUUCGCCGCCACCGAAUCGCCAUUUCUGCUCUCACUUCUUCCUUCGAGAAUCCUCAGCAAAAAUCCUACUCACUGAAAGGAACUCAAAGCCACUUACAGUACUGUAAAACCACCACAAUUUCCUCCCCAAUGACUCCCCUUACUCCUAGUUUCGCCCUAACCCUACUUCUCACACUCAUUUCUUUCUCAGAUCGGGGAGUGAAGAGCGCGACAUUCACUUUGGUGAACAACUGCGGCGAUACCAUCUGGCCCGGAAUCCUCUCCAACUCUGGCAGCCCGUUACUGGAACCGACCGGCUUCGCCCUCCCUUCCGGGACAUCCAGUUCACUCUCCGCGCCCACCGGAUGGUCCGGCCGCUUCUGGGCGCGCACCGCCUGCUCCUCUGACGCCUCUGGCCGCCUUACCUGCGCCACUGGCGACUGCGGUUCCGGUUCCGUAGAAUGCGGUGGUGCAGCCGCCUCUCCGCCCACUACACUAGCCGAAUUCACCCUCUCCUCUGCCGGCGGGAACGAUUUCUACGACGUGAGUCUUGUGGAUGGCUAUAACCUCCCGGUCGUAGUUACGAGCAGCGGCGGGGUAGGCGGCUGCGAGAUGACUGGCUGUGCCGUGGAUCUGAAUCCGAUGUGUCCGAUGGAGCUGAGGGUGGGGGAAGGAGAAGCCUGCCGCAGCGCCUGCGAGGCAUUUGGGCAGCCGGAAUACUGCUGUAGUGGUGAGUACGGGAGCCCGGCUGCUUGCCGGCCGACGAUGUACUCGGAGAUGUUCAAGUCGGCGUGUCCGAGGGCUUAUAGCUACGCUUAUGAUGAUGCCAGCUCUACCUUCACCUGCGCCGGAGGUGAUUACUCCAUUACUUUCUGCCCUGAAACGCCCCAGAGUCAGAAAUCUACUACAGCCUUCCCUUCUCCGCCAAAUGAGGCAACAGGAGUGGUUGUGGAGGAGGAUUCAUGGUUUGCGAGCUUGGCCAUGGGAGACUCUGUGGCAACCUCUGCAAGGAGAAAAGCUUCCAUUGUUGCAGUAACUAUUACCUUUUCUGCUCUUCUCUGUGUUCUGCUAUUGUGAGAGAUAAGGCGCAGAGGUGUCCUUCGUCCCUGAAAAGAAGGACGACUUGUUUGUAAUCUAUAUGAACAGAAUGCAAUUUGUUUCUUUCUUUAGGUAGGUUUUAGUGAGAGACAAGUUGUGGGUGUAUAUCUUUUGUCCAUGGAAUCUCUCCGUGAUGAUUAUUGUUCCUUUAUUUACGAUUCCCUUUAA